AUGGGACACGGAAACUCGGACAAGCUUUACGUCACUCAUGCAGAGCAUUCUGGCCUGUUCGGUCAGCAUACUGCGUCAUCCGCGGGUUACAAAACGCAGCACCAUAAUACCAAUCCAUUUACGAAGGAGCCUCUUACGCCCGCCGACCUCAUAACCCUCCACUACUCUCGCAAGCCGAAUGGAGAGAUUCAUGACCCAAUAUCCUUCAAGCCGUUCACCGAGCACUCUCACAUUGUCGCGAUUGCUACUACAGGCAAUGUGUUUCUUGCCGAGAGCAUUAAAGGCGGGCGGGACUUGGUUGCUGAUGUGAAGUUCAAGAAGGAGGAUGUAAUAACAUUACAGAACCCACAUGGUUUCCCUCCUGCCUCCGUCUCCAAGUCCUCCAUCACAACUCAGGAGACGCAGCAGAACAAAACAAAGACCAUCGCAACAAGAGCAGCUGCAACAUCCGCCAAACCAUCUGUACCAUGGAAUAUUUCUCCCUACUCCAGUGGUCUGCCCGGCGCGUCACUGACCUCAACGUCCAUUGACCCCCAGACAAAAUCGGCGCAGCUCCUGUGGGAUGAGGAGGAGUUGAUGUUUGACGACUUCGCGAAUCCGCCGAAGGGAAAAGGGAAAGAAAAGGACAUUGGUAAGCGUCGUGCAUACGUGCGCGUCGUCACAACCCUAGGAGGUGGCAGUCUCAACCUUGAGCUCUUUUGCGAAAAGGCACCCAAAACGUGCUACAACUUCCUGCAACUAGCGAAGGCAGGCAAAUACAACAAUUGUCUGUUCCACAGGCUUGUGCCUGGAUUCAUGAUUCAAACUGGUGAUCCAACCGGCACAGGGGCGGGCGGAGAGUCAUGUUGGGGUACUCCUUUCCGAGAUGAAUUUGACAUGCGGAAUGUCGCAAAACAUGACUCUCGAGGCAUCGUAGCUAUGGCGAAUAAGGGUCCCGGAACCAAUGGGUCGCAAUUCUACAUCACAUUCAAAGCGACACCGCAUCUUGACAAGAAGCAUACCGUAUUCGGUAAGCUUGUAGGUGGUGAGGACAUCCUCGAUGCGCUAGAAGCAUUGCCUGUCAAGCCUGGCACUGAACGACCAGCGAAGCCGGUGCGGAUCGCGGAGGUCAUCAUAUACCAGGACCCUUUUGAAGAAUACAAAGCCCGUCGUCAGAAGAAACUCGAGCGAAGGGCAGAGGCAGAGCAAAGCGCGCGAAUCGGCAGCAAGGAUGAGAAGAAGGAAGGAGACGAUAUCAAUUGGUUCGGAACAAAGGUUGGGUCAGAAACAAAGAGCUCUGGCGAGUUAGGAGGCGGCGAAGUGGGUAAAUAUCUGACAGGCAAGACCACCGCGAGCUUGAAGAGGACGGCCACGGAGCAACCAUCCGUUCUGCCGGAUGUCGUUGGUGUUCCGGUUGAAUCUACGAAGAAACGCAAACUAGGGUUCGGGAACUUCGAUAAUUGGUGA